AAUUAGUUUCUUCAAAUUCAUCAUUUAAUAAACAUAAACUAAUCAAACAUCAUUAUUUUUAAUACAAAUAAAAGAGCUGGAUGGCUGACUCCAUUUCUACUUUUGAACCUUCCAUGAUAUACGCACAAGCGAACUGUCAUCCGGCAUCGAGUGUUUUAUAUCUUUUCUAAUUUCAGUUCGCGUUUUUGGUUACUUCGUGCGUUGUGCGCUUGCAAAUUCCGUGUGAUAUCCAGUUUUCGGAUACAUUAAUACUAUUCUACUCGAUGUUGUUAUAAGUUUAAGUUGUUCUCAACGUUCUCGCUCUCCCGUUUUGUGAAAAAGCAUGAGCGCAGUGAGGAAAAGUGCAAGUUAAUCGCAUCUCUCCAAAGUGUACACAACAUGCCUACCCCAACGCCAUCAGGUGUGUUUUGAAGUGGCAGUGAAGCUUAUCGACCCGACGAACGCACAAGGAAAGCCGCCCGCAAACGAACCAAGCAGCAAUUGCCAACCGUCUGCUGGUGAUCCAUGCGUGAAACUCGUUUACAGCCGUUGAAAAAGGCAAACGUUUCGAGCUGAUAGUGAAAAGAUUCGCCAAAGGGGUGAAACAUUUACGCGAACGCAAUCGGUGUACAUCACAUACCAACCCCAAGUGCACAACAUUCAGCCCCCGUGUGUAUGGCGGACGCUUAAGAACGCGAGUCCGAAAUCACCCUUCUGCUUGAAACGCAAACACAAAAAGAGUAGAGGAACGAAAUCGACUCGCGAAGAAAAUCCCGCUGACCUACAAACGGAAAGCACAGUAGUACGUCUUGUACGUUGGAGGGGCCGGUUCCGUUUCGCCUUGAGCAACGAAGUGAACCGUUCCCGCACGGAAUUUGUGUGCGUGUGUGUCUUGGAGCAAGUGCAAUUCAGUUUUGUAUUUCAUGCCAUCACCGUACACGACCCGCGAACAUAGCUGUCGCGUGACAUCAUCGAUAGUGAACCGACGCGAAAAUAAACAUUCGCCCUCAUCCGAAACAACGCUCGCUUGACGCUACCCCGAACCAAGGUUAAAAGUGUGUCCAGUUGCCCGUAAUGAGCCGUAAUAGAUUUGUCUGCCGCCACCUUCUACACGGCUGAAUCAGCGUGAAAUUUGGGACGCCAGAGGCAAGAGGCAUCCGAUUCUAUAGCAACCAGCGAAACAUCAACAACGCUCCCAUUACUGGGUUCCCUUCGAAACCCCCGCCUACUACCUGUACAACCAGCAAAACACUGCUCGCAUCUCGGUGGAUUAUGAGUGCGAGCCGAUUUCCAAAGUUCCUCAAACCGGAUGACGAAUCGUUUGCAUCGGAACGCGACGCGGCACCAGCGGAUGAUCACGUAACGUCGUUCGUCUUCAACGCCCACCAGUCGCUUAAUCUUGCAGCGCAGCGCGAACGUCUGCCGAUACGUCAGUACCGUGACCAGAUUCUGUACUGUCUCGAGCACUACCAAACGCUCGUGCUGGUCGGUGAAACCGGAUCCGGCAAAAGCACACAAGUACCGCAGUAUUUGUACGAGUUUGGAUGGCAUACAAAAGGAUUGAUCGGUAUCACCGAACCCCGCCGCAUAUCGGCCAUUACCCUUGCCGACCGUGUCGCCACGGAACGGGGUGAACUGUGCGGCGAGUCGGUCGGUGUGUCGAUCCGGUUCAUCUCAAAAUGUGAUCCCGGGCAGACGAAAAUCAAGUACAUGACCGAGGGCAUACUGCUGCGUGAGAUGUUGGCCGACCCAUUACUAACGCAGUACGCCGUCAUUAUGGUGGACGAAGCGCACGAACGCAACACGCUAACCGAUACCGCGCUGGGACUGCUGAAAAAGAUUGCUCGGAAGCGUUCCGGUUUGAAGAUCAUCAUUUCCUCGGCCACCGUAGAUGCGGAAUUGUUUCGCGAUUUCUUUAACCUUAAGCCGAAGGCGGGCAAAGAUACGGCCGUGAUACUUACGGUCGAGGGUCGCAUGUAUUCGCAGGACAUUUUCUAUCUGCAGGAACCGUGCCCGGAUUAUGUGAAGGAAACGGUUAACACGGUCAUGAAGAUUCAUCGUACCGAACCGAAGGGUGACGUGCUGGCGUUUCUUACCGGCCAGGAGGAGGUACUGCGUGCGGUAGAUUUGCUGAAGGAGCAUCUGGAGAUGGGCGGCAAGGAGGACAUGCAGAUACUGCCGAUGUACGGUACGUUGGCAAAUGCGGAUCAGCUGAAGGUGUUCUUUACCGCACCGAAGGGUAUCCGGAAGAUUGUACUGGCGACAAACAUCGCUGAAACGUCCGUUACUAUUCCGGGGAUCGUGUAUGUUAUCGAUUGUGGAUUCGUAAAGCUUAAAUGGUACUCGGCGGACAGUACCACAGACAGUUUGGUUGUGGUACCGGUAAGCAAAGCGGCCGCAGAACAACGCGCGGGACGAGCCGGACGUAUUCGGAGUGGAAAAGUGUAUCGCCUGUACACGGAGGACGAGUGGGAAAAACUCCCAGAUCAUACACCACCCGAAAUGCGUCGAUCGGACUUAUGUAGCACGGUGCUUUUUCUGAAAGCUCUCGGCAUAGACAACAUACUGCGCUUUACCUUUCCUUCAGCACCACCUGCCAAGAACUUGCUUGCAUGUUUAGAAACGCUGUACGCGCUGGAAGCACUUGAUGAGGACGGUACGCUAACAUCCCCGGUUGGAUAUUUCCUGGCAGAAAUGUCCAUACCACCCAUGAUGGCCAAGAUGCUCUUUAAGGCUGGUGAAAUGGGUUGCUCCGAGGAAAUUCUCAUCAUUAUUGCAAUGCUACAGGUGCAGUCUGUAUUUUCCAAACCGGCCGGUGGCCAGGCCGCCAUAAGGGGACGCAUUGCCAAGCGCAACUUUGAGGUAGCCGAAGGUGAUCUGAUCACACUGCUGAACGUGUACUGUGCCUUCGUGGAGGCGGGACGAACGAAAGAAUUUUGUGGCCGUUACUUUCUCAUCUAUCGGAAUUUGAAGCGGGCACAUGAAAUCAAAACCCAGCUAGCGGGCAUGUUGGAACGGGAACUCAACGUUCCGCUUCGAUCGUGUAAUGGAAACGUGGAAACGAUUUGCCGAUGCAUCGUGGCUGGCUUUUUCCCCUAUGCGGCCUACCUGCACCAUUCGGGUGUGUACAGGACGGUUCGUGGCAAUACGGAACUAAGCAUUCAUCCGCUGUCCGCGCUGUACACCGAGCAGCAACCACAGUGGGUUGUUUUCUGCGAGUUGAUUCACACGACCAAGCUGUUCAUGAAGGAUCUUACCGUAAUCCAGCAGCACUGGCUUACCGAAAUAGCACCGCACUACUAUCACAAGGUUACUGUGCGCGAUCAUAUCUAAAAAAUAUGUGUUUUUAAAUUACUUUAAUAGACGUGCUGUUUCGCA